AUGUUCUCUUUCCGCAACGUCGCUGCUGCUAUGGCUCUCGCCGCCACUGCUCAGGCUACCAACACGCUCACUUUUGUCUCCACGGACAACAUUGCCCGCACCAUCUACAUCACUCCCAGCGUCGGCGUCGAGGGCAUGGACCCCGUGACCGUCGCUCCUGGUGCCACCGUUCCCGUUAACUUCGCGGAAGGCUUCAUUGGCAAUGCAUACGCUGUCCAGGAGGGCAAGGAGAACGUCCCCGGCAUGCUCGCCGAGGUCAACUUCCAGGGCUGGGGCGGCUCGACCUACUUUGACGUCUCUGCCAUCGUCAACUCGGCCGACACCGACAACAUCAUGAUGAUGUACCCGGCGGACGCCCCCAACACCCCCACCUCUGGCUGCAACCCCUUCCCCUGCAACAACGCCUACUACCUGCCCGACGAUGUCCAGACCAAGGUCACUGACCAGACCAACCUCAUUGUCACCUUGGGCAGCGGCAGCGCCAACACCACCAAGCGCGACGUCAACUCCGCUGCCACUGGCAAGAACCUGCCCCGCAACCUGGUCGAGCUGAAGUACUAA